AUGGAGUUUAACAUAGUAUCAACAAUCAUAGCUCUACUCUCCUUUUUAGUGUUUGUGUUCAUGUUUCUCAAAUCUCAAACAAUUUCAAAAUAUGCAAAGACUUACUCACAUAUCCCUGGUCCCAAAACCCUCCCUCUCAUCGGAAACCUCCACCUCAUGCUCCGCGCAGACUCGCCCCCACACAUGUUCCGACAACUUGCCGCCAAACACGGCCCGUUGAUGCAUCUCCAGCUCGGCGAAGUCCACUUCGUCAUCAUCUCCUCCGUCGACUUCGCCAAACAAGUCACGAGAACUCACGACAUCAACUUCGCCAACCGGCCCCCGGGGCUGAUGAUGGAGAAACUCACCUACAAUUACUCCGACAUCGUCACGGCCUCCUACGGGGACCAGUGGCGCCAUCUGCGGAGGAUCUGCACGCUCGAGUUCCUGAGCGCGAGGCGCGUGCAGUCCUUCCGCCGCAUAAGAGAGGAGGAGAGUUUGAGUCUUUGCAAACAGAUGGCUUCUUGUGAAGGAUCUCCGGCUGAUCUGUCGGGGAGCCUUUGCUUGAUGUCGUACGAUGUUACAACGAGGGUGGUGGUCGGGGCCAAGACGAGAGAACGGGGCACGGUGACCUCGAUAAUCCAAGAGAGCAUCCGGUUGGGGGCAGGAUUCAUGUUGGCCGAUCUCUAUCCAUCCAUCAAGUUGCUGCCGUUGAUCACCGGAGCCCGGUUCAAGGCCCAACGGAUGUAUCGAAAAUUAGACAAGCUGUUCGAUAGCAUCGUCGAGCAGCAUAAAGCUGCCGGUGAUGGUGGCGACUUGGAAGAUCUGGUGGAUGUUCUGCUCAGAAUUCAACAAGAUGGAACUGAAUUCCCUCUUACAACUGAUAAUAUUAAAGCAGUGGUUCUGAAUAUGUUCGUAGCUGGAACCGACACAGCAACUGUCACUAUGGAAUGGGCAAUGUCAGAGAUGAUGAGAAACCCUAGUGUCCUCAACAAGGCACAAAAAGAAGUAAGGAAGGUUUUUGACAACAAGGGAUACGUAGAUGAAGCCAGGUUUGAUGAGCUAAAAUACAUGAAAUUAAUCAUCAAAGAGACAUUGAGGUUGCACCCUGCAUUGCCGCUUUUAAUUCCCAGAAUGAACGUACAAAGAUGUGAAAUUGAUGGAUAUGAAAUCCCAGCAAAAACCAGUGUGAUAGUGAAUGCAUGGGCACUGGGAAGAGAUCCCAAGUAUUGGAACGAUGCAGAUAAGUUUAUACCAGAAAGAUUUGAGGAGAGUUCCGUUGAUUUCAAGGGGAAUAAUCUAGAAUACAUACCCUUCGGAGCAGGAAGGAGAAUGUGCCCUGGAAUGUCAUUCGGACUGGCAAACGUAGAGCUUCUGCUUGCUAUGCUUCUCUAUCAUUUUGAUUGGAAAAUGCCGUACGGGAAGAAACAAGAAGAUUUGGAUAUGACAGAGACCUUUGGAAGCGCUUUUAGAAGGAAACACCCUUUGCAUUUGGUUCCCAUCGUUAAACGACCUUUGCCUGCAAGUGCUUGA